CUGAGUCACCCAGGCGCCCCGGGACAGGGCUUUUCUUGAGUGCCUAGUUCCUUCCGCCUCCGCCCGGCUCACUGCGCCCUUUUAAGCCAUCUGUGCGUCUCCCAGCCAACAGCACUAGACGAGCUGAGGGAGCAUGAGCCAUUUGCAGAACUUACUGUUAGAUGCCCUCCUGGGAACAAAGCAUGUGGACGGUGCAGCCCUCAUCAAACUCCAGGAGCGAAGCUUGAGUGUAGCAUCACCAGGAUUUAGUGUAAUGCCCAGUGAUGUCCGAACUCUUGUGAAUGGAUUCGCCAAGAACCCUUUGCAAACCAGAAGAGAAGGACUGUAUUUCAAGGAAAAGGACUACAAAUGUGUCCGGGCAGAUGACUAUUCUCUUUAUGCUAAGAAUGAAAACACUGGUGUGGUUGUUGUGAAGACCCAUCUGUAUCUUCUGGUGGCAACUUACACUGAAGGCAUGUAUCCUAGUGUUUGUGUGGAAGCCACGGAGAAGCUGGGAGACUAUCUAAGAAGAAAGGGAAACUAAGUCAUCAAGGACUAUGAAAGACAGCUUUUGUUAUUUUAGGAAAUCGAUUCUAAAGAAAAAGCAACGACUUAGUCUGUAGUUGAAAAACACUAGGAAAAAGAUACUGAAAAGGAAGAAUGGUUUAAGGGAGCGAUUUUUCUUAUUUCAAGAGAUCCUCUUCUUUAAUUGGAAUUCUUUGAUAAGCUUUA